AUGUUCGCCGGGAAGGAUAAGCGGUUCGAGCUCAUCCGCGAGCUGCAAGUCGCGGAGGAGGACGAGGCGACGCAUAGGGCGAAGAAGAUCACGGAGGAGGAGCGGGCGGCGAUCGCGGACGCCAACGACAGAACCGGGAGAGCCGGCGCGGGCAUGCUCGGCCUCCUCACGGAGAAGAACCACGGCGUGACGCAGCUCAUCUUGAUGCAGACGGAUCUCGCGACUCGCAGAAGAGAGGAGCGCGCGCUAAACUACGCGGCGGCGCGGAUCCAGGCGGUGUGCCGCGGAAGAGCGACGCGCAAGGCGGAGGCGCGACGCCGAGCCGAGGAGGAGGCGUCCGGGGGUUUGCCCGACAUCGCGAGCUUCGAGCCGGAGGAGAUCGCGCACGUGACGAGGAUUCAGUCGAGCUUUCGCGGGCGGUCGUCGAGGAGGAACAUGCGGCUGUACGGGACGCCGUCCAAGCCGAAGGAUCUGUCGAAGGAUCUGAAGGAGCCGUCGACGCCGCCUAUACCGCCGCCGCCGCCCGCGAAUAAGGAGCCGGCGGCGGAGCCCGCGACGCCGCCGCGCGCGCCCGCGCCCAAGGAGCCGGAGGAGGAGGACUUGGAUCCGCUCGCGAACCUGAGCGCGGAGGACCUCGAGAAGGUAAUGGCGAUGCAAUCGAGCGCCAAAAAAAUCGUGGACAAAAAGUCGCUCGAGUCGGAGCUCGGGGAGCCGCUCGCGACGCUCCCCGCGGACGCGCUCGGGUCGUCACCGUCCGCGCUCGUCUCCGCGGCGACGCUGCAGCGCGCGGCGACGGCGCGUCUCGACGACGUCCCGGCGCAGCCGCGCGUUCGAGGCGCGCGCGGGCUCGCGAGCGCCAUUCUCCUACAAUCCGCGGCGGCGACGCGCGCGAGAGAAGUCGACGCCGACGCGGCGUUCGAGGCGAAGAUGGACGCGGCGUUAGAGGAGCCCCUCGAGGCGGAGAAGGCGAAAGAGAAGAUGCCCGAAAACGACGCGUCGGCGUCGAUCGAGUCGAUCGAAGACUCGGCCGCGUUCAGACUCGCCGACGUCUCCGACGCGUCUCUCGCGGCCAUCGUCGGCGUCCAAGCCGCCGCCGCCGGCUUUCUCUCUCGCGCGAAAGCCGCGGCGCGAGAGAAGCGCCUCGCCGCGAGCGGCGUGAGCCAACGCGCGAGCACGAGGGCCGACGUCACGUACGCGGUCUCGUCGCGGGUUUUGGACGAGAGCGUCGACGAGGACGCCACGGAGACGAUUCGAGUGCAAAACACGCAGCGGCACGCUCGCAGGCGCGGGAGCAGGCGCGCCGUCGACGGCGGCGCGUUCGGAGGGUUGAGCGAGACGCGCGAGGAGGGCGAGGAGGGGGGGGACGAGGGAGAUGCCGAGCUGGAGGGCGCGGCGGCGGGGGCGACGAGUUCGCGCGAGGCGCUGGAGAGUAAGAUCGCGGAGGCGAGAGGGAAGGGGGGCGGCGCGCUGUGAUUCGACGACGUCACUGGAGUAAAAAUUUCGCGUCGAUC